GCGGGUUUGGCCAUCAUAGAGGGUUAGCUAGCGAGAAGUUGAGCAUUAGUAGCGUUAGCUAGCUGUUAGCAUAUGUGCUAGCAAGCUAGCGUAAAUAUCAUUAAUGCAUGCUAGCAAACGCUAGAAAGCAUAUCCACAUUAUAGUCGCUAAAGCCACUCAUUAAUGGUCUUGCAUCACUGGGACUAAUGCUACGGCGCGGAUACAUCUCCAAGUCCACAGUUGCUACAGUACGGUACAAUACAGUCCAACUUUCACCUUCACACUUAAACUGUUUAAGGCAUAAAGGAUACAACUUGAAACUCAAAGUUGAAACCCAAGGAACAAGAUGUCAAUCACAAACACUCCCACAAGCAAUGAUGCCUGUUUGAGCAUUGUGCAUAGCCUGAUGUGCCACCGACAGGGAGGGGAGAGUGAAAGCUUUGCUAAGCGAGCUAUUGAGAGUCUUGUGAAGAAGCUGAAGGAGAAGAAAGAUGAGCUUGAUUCCCUUAUCACGGCCAUCACUACAAAUGGAGCUCAUCCUAGCAAGUGUGUAACCAUACAGAGAACUUUGGAUGGACGCCUACAGGUUGCAGGCCGCAAAGGUUUUCCCCAUGUUGUCUAUGCCCGACUGUGGCGAUGGCCUGAUCUACACAAGAAUGAGUUAAAACAUGUGAAAUAUUGCCAGUAUGCCUUUGACUUGAAAUGUGACAAUGUUUGUGUCAACCCAUACCACUACGAGAGGGUCGUCUCUCCAGGCAUUGACUUAUCAGGGCUGAGCCUUUCAGGUCCAGUUCCACGCAUGGUAAAGGAUGAGUAUGACUAUGACAACCAGCAAUCCCACUUAAGCUCUGAAAGCCACAUGCAGACCAUCCAGCAUCCUGCGUCAAGGCCCAGUCCACAGGAGGCCUUCAUCAACUCCGCUCUACUGCCCCCAUCAGAGGGCAGCAGUUCAGGCUCAACCUCUGCUUUCUCUUCACUCAGUGCUGGACCCUCAAAUCCUAACCCCAGUUGGAGCAGAAACAGCUUCAUCCCUGCAGUACCACAACAUCAAAAUGGGCAUUUACAGCAUCAUCCCCCCAUGCCUCACACGGGGCAUUAUUGGCCUGUUACCAACGAGAUUGCGUUCCAGCCCCCAAUAUCCAAUCACCCUGCUCCAGAGUACUGGUGCUCCAUUGCAUACUUCGAGAUGGAUGUCCAAGUUGGGGAGACCUUUAAGGUGCCGUCCACAUGUCCGAUAGUGACUGUGGAUGGCUACGUUGAUCCAUCAGGAGGGGACCGCUUUUGCUUGGGCCAGCUGAGCAAUGUCCACAGGACAGAGAACAUAGAGAGAGCCAGGCUCCACAUUGGCAAAGGCAUGCAGCUGGAGUGCAAAGGGGAAGGAGAUGUCUGGGUGCGCUGUUUGAGUGAUCACGCAGUGUUUGUGCAGAGCUAUUACCUGGAUCGAGAGGCUGGACGUGCGCCUGGAGAUGCGGUUCACAAGAUCUACCCCAGCGCUUACAUCAAGGUGUUUGACCUGCGUCAGUGCCACAGGCAGAUGCAGCAGCAGGCAGCAACAGCUCAGGCAGCAGUUGCAGCCCAGGCAGCAGCAGUGGCCGGUAACAUUCCCGGGCCUGGCUCUGUGGGAGGCAUCGCCCCAGCCAUCAGCCUGUCUGCAGCUGCAGGCAUUGGGGUCGAUGACCUGCGCAGGCUGUGCAUCCUGCGGAUGAGCUUCGUGAAAGGCUGGGGGCCCGACUACCCACGGCAAAGCAUUAAAGAGACACCCUGCUGGAUUGAGAUCCAUUUACACCGAGCUCUACAGCUACUGGAUGAAGUUCUGCACACCAUGCCCAUAGCUGACCCUCAGCCCCUUGACUAAGUUGAGAGACAUGAACUGUACAAAAAAAAAGAAAACAAUCAGACUGUACUUUUUUUAACAAACCACUCCUAUAGGCCUGGGAUGCCUAAGGAGGACUGCAAUGACAGGGAUGCUGAGUAGGUUGUAGAAGUAUGAACAAGGACUUCAAGGAUGGCUGUAUACUUUAAACACACUGCUUUCAAAUCCAGCGCUACAAGCAGCUGAUAGUAUACGGAAUGAGACUCCAGGUCUGUAAGUGACAGUGACUUCCAAACAACAGCUGGAGGAACAUGUGAGGUACACUGGUAGUACUCUGGAAACAUGCUGCCAAGUGAAUGAAAAAGGUGUCCACAGCAAGAUUAAAUGAUGCAAAAGGCCUUUUAAUUAUUUAUUUAGCCCUGGUGCAAUACAAUAGAAAUGCAUAACUACAAGAGAGUGUCGAGUGUCAAUCAUAAAAUGAUUCAAACUCAGCUACCAUCUUUUUUACCUGUGAACAAUUCUACAUUUAGGAUUUUAAGACCUAUAGACCAUGGAAUAUUAAGUAAGAGGGCAAACUAUUUGGCUUAAAACUAGUAAAGCUGAGCACAAUGUGAUGCCUCGUAUUGGAUGAAAAUCAUGAACCUGACAUGUUCAGGUUCAUGAUUUUCAUCCAAAUGUCAUUUCAGUUGGAGUAUUCUGCCGAUCCAGUCCUCCUUCAUCGGCUCUCUGGUGCUUGCAUGGCUUCAUGUAAGUGGAGUUUUUCACCUCACAAAUCAGGACAUUUAUGUAAAAUCAUGUUAUUCGUUACUUAUGUUUUUGUAAGAUGUAAUCUUAAGUAUUUUUCAAUGCUGAUAGUUCUUUGAUGUUUUUUCUUUUGUAUUCCCCUUUUUAAUAGUUGUUUUGACUGUAAAGAGCAUUUGAAAAGCUCAUUUUAGCUGACCUCGGCUUCUCUUUCAACAUCAUAACACUUUUAUUAUUCUAAUACCAGAUGAGGCUGUUAUGACAUUGAGAAGUGACGUCUUUUAAAUGCCAAAGUCACAUAGAAAUUAUUAAAUAAUUUUAAAAGAAAAGGUAAUUAUAAGACAUCCUAAUAUUAUUUAUAACUGUCUUUUUUAUAUUAGAUUCCCACAUAGUGACCUUUAGCACUUUAUUAAUUUGUAAAAAGGUAUUUUGUCUUGUUUCAUAGUCUCAUGCAUGGUUAUCCGUAUAAUUUCUUAGCAUGGUUGAAAAGAUUUUCUUGCUAAUGACCUUAGUGAGAUCAUUGAAAAAUUAGCUUCAGAUUUUCUGCCUAAAAUCUAUGUUUUGGAACAUAUUGAGUUGUGGAGCAAGAACGGUUUAUGAUAUUUGAAAUGUUGUCGGUGUAGGAAGAAACUACCGUUAAACAUCCACCUUUCAAAUCGACAGGCAGUGAAUCUUUGAUAUUCAAAAGACGCAUUACUAAGGGACAAACAACACUUUAAGAUCGUUCUCUGCCACCUAUUUUAAUUUGAGUAUUAUUUGGAUGACACCUACCGUAACGUUUUCUAGACAACAGCUGAGUUAAGGAACUGUGAGAGGAAGUGUAAGCCAUAUUGAUGCCAAAUAUACCCUAUGAAAGAGAAAAGGUUAUCAGGCUGCAGUUGUUUUAUUGUAACGUUGCUUAUAAAAGCUUGGUUUUCAUUAUCAACUGAAUGAUUUCAGUUUUUGCUCUGCACAAAUCAAUAUUUUGGUAUUUGGAGCUCUGUUUACCUACCGCUGUUGCAGUAUUUUGUAUCUAUAUCUCUUUUGCUACCUUUACAGUGAUGAACCACAAAAAAAGAAGAAUGCUGUACAAUUAUCAGGAAAUGCAAGUUCAUGCUCAUCUUAAUCUUUACAAUCGUGUCAUACAUUUUGAAUAUGUACGGAGUUUGAAUGAUACUGGUGUUUAUGUACGAGUAUGGUUGAAUAAAGUUCAGUGGGCUA